UACAAUUCUUUCUUCUUUAUUUGAAUCUCUUGAUUUUUGAUUUUUAAGAUGCAAAGGGCUAAUGGCACAUCUGCAUGUGCAUCAUGCAAGCAUCAAAGAAAAAAGUGCACUGAAAAGUGCAUAUUGGCACCCUUCUUCCCAGUCGACAAAACCGGAGAAUUCCAAGCAGUGCAUAAGGUUUUUGGUGUGAGCAAUGUAACGAAAAUAGUCACGAAUCUCAAGGAAGAAGAUCGAAAACAAGCUGUAGAUUCACUCAUCUGGGAAGCCUUUUGCCGGCAGAAGGAUCCGGUGCUUGGUCCUUAUGGAGAAUACAGAAGAGUUUGUGAGGAGUUAAGGUUGUACAAAAGCCAAUACCAGCAAAUUCAUCAAGUCCAAAAUCAAGGGAAUAUAGUGUAUAAAGCAGCAGCACAAGGGCUAAUGGGGUGGAACAAUAACAAGUUUAUGAGCUUUAAUGACUCAGGAAUAAACAACAACAACAUUAAUAAUAAUUCACUAAAUAAUGUUCCUAACAAUGGCAAUUCUGUGGUGGAUUUUUGCGCUUGUUCUUAUUCUUCGCAUCAUCUUCAAGAAACUGAUAAGCUAAGAGGAGAAAUAGACAAUGGUUCUGCUCUUAUGCCUCAGCAGUAUAUGCCUAAUGGUUUUAACCAACAAUACUUCGUUACAAGUAUAUAAAAUUUAUCUUUUAACGUUAGUGCACGUUUAAUACAUGGUACCAAAUCGGGUUGGACGGUGUGAUUAACAAUUUUAACUUAUUUUUUAUCUUCAUGUUUUUCAUUCCUGUUAAAUAUUGUAUACUAAAACAUAUAAUUAUAGUGUAAUAUUUUUUUCUUUA